CUCAAAACUUAAAUAGCUUUACUUUUAUUAUACAUCCAUGUACCCAACAUUCUCUUCAAUCACCUUUGAAUAAGCUAUCGGUCACUAUGACUGUUCCGAAAAUUAUUAAAACUUUCAAGACAAGUGAUAUAAAUUCAGAGAAUGCUGAAUUACCAGAAAAACAAGAAUUUCACUCCAAGAAUAAAUCUGCAAAUAAAAUAGGGACAGACUACAACUUCAAGCGGCAGACUAUAUGGAAACUAGUAUUGUUUUAUGGAACUCUGCAUGUUUUGGGAUGGUACGGACUAUACCGUGCUUGCGUUUACUGCCAUACAGUCACAGUGCUUUAUAGUAUUAUAGUUGGUGUCGCAUCCCAGAUAGGUAUUAAUAUGGGCGCCCACAGGCUCUAUGCUCACAGAUCAUUUAAGGCGAAACUACCUCUUCGCAUAGCUCUUGUUAUUUUGGACACCAUUGCCGGGAUGUACACGUUGUACUACUGGGUCAGAGAUCAUAGACAACAUCACAAAUACACUGAUACAGAUGCGGACCCUCACAAUUCUAGUAGGGGAUUCUUUUUUUCACAUGUCGGUUGGCUUAUGAGUAAAAAGCACCCAGCUGUGAGAGAAUAUGGAAAAACAAUAGAUGUCCACGAUUUAGAAUCAGAUAAGGCAGUCAUGUUCCAGAAAAGAUAUUACCUUCCUCUAUAUGUGUUUUUAAAUUCAAUCAUAGUUGCAGUACCUGUAUGGCUAUGGAAUGAAACUGCACUUAACUCGAUAUUCGCCUCCUACUUCUUCAGAUACAGCUUGUUUUUCAAUAUAACAAUGUGUGUCAACAGUUGGGCUCAUUUCUUUGGAAGUAAACCGUAUGAUAAGAAUAUUCGCCCAGCAGAGUCCAACGUGCUAUCCUUUCUGGUAGUGGGAGAAGGCUGGCAUAACUACCACCACACGUUUCCUUGGGACUAUCGAGCUGCUGAAUUUGGUCUCCAUUAUAGCUUGACCACAUUUCUGAUCGACUUAUCCAAUAAAUUUGGGUUGGCUUAUGAUUUGAAGUGUGCCUCAAAACAAAUGGUUCAGAAGAGGUCAUUAAGAACAGGUUAAAGGUCUCUUUGAGAUACUUAGUCAAAAAUUCCAUAUAUGUUAAAAAAUAAUUCUGAUAUACUAGUUCUUAUCUUAUUAAAGUCGCGUUUCCUAUAUAAUGUAACGAAUACACUGUUUUACUGUACAAAGUCUAAUUGAUUACUUUUACCCUAAUGCAUAACACUUGUACCAAUUUAUGACAAUUCAUAAGCAUGCUGACUGUACACGUUGUUCGACAGUCUCGACUGUGACUAACUGCUUCCGCUAUCUGGGCGGGAAUUUAUCCCCCUAUCGACACGUCGAGAAAUGUUCCAGCUUUUUCCAGAUCAUGUCGUGAACUUCCAUAGUUGUUUGCCUCAAAAAAGUGGAAAAAUUCUAAAAGUAUUGGCUGGUUGAAUACUUGAAUAGAGGAAGUUUGCUCGGAAAAGGAAAUAUGGACAUAGUUAAUCUAUCAGAACGUGAUUUAAUUGGAUUACUGAAUUUAAACGGGACCGUACGGACGUCCAUGACAAAGCACGCAGUGAACGCCUGAAAAAUGAUAUACUAUUUAUAAUGUCAAUUGAAACAGCAAAAAGAAAGCCCGGAGUCCGAAAGAAUGUUUGAAAUAUAAUAUAGUUAAGCUGUACAAGGGACCAUAAAAACUACCUAAUCUCUUGUCAUGUUCGUACAUAAGAAGUGGUACAUGGGGCCAUUUGUAUCACGACGUAGUUGUCACGUUAAACAGUGUUGCGGUGGCCUACUAUACUCGAGAGUGAUAGAGUCAGCAAAUAUUUUGAGGGAUGGUUUGUUAUUGAACCGAAAUCACAAAAUGCCCUUCUGGCCUGAUUAAAAAGAGUUAUCUCUGGAUCAAGAGAGACUGCUGUCGUCAAAGGCCACAACUCCCCCGUUUUUCCUCAAAUUGGAGUGCACUUCCUAGUUCGAAAGCUAAAAUGGUUAGUCUUCACCAAGAAAAGCAUAUAGUGGGGCCACCUGACUGCAGAAAAAGGUC